GGGCCGUAACCGACGGAAAUGUGAUGAUAAACCUGAUAGGAUCUAAAGGAAAAACGGGAGGAAUAGAGCUUGAAGGUCCAUUUUACGCAAAUGAUGGGAAGACGUUUAACAAGAAACUUCUAGAUGUUGGCACUAUACAAACCAUAGAGCUUGGUGUCUAUAGUUCUCAAAUGUUCGACGGAUGGAAACCAAAACGAGUUGAUAUCUACGACAUUUACAGACAACAUAUCUAUGUUUUCGAGCAUGAUGAAUCUGAAGUGGACAACAAACUGAUAACACUACAAAGAACAGCAUGUAUCACGGUGGAAAGGGGAUAUCUUGAUGGAAAACGAGAACCAAAGUAUAAGUUAAUCGAUACGAUCUUCGGGUGUAUGAUGUUUUGUUUAGAAAAUAACUGUGUUCAAGCGGAGUACAGGACGACCGGAAUUUGUCAAAUAGUUGCACGUGGUACGAAGGUAGUCAAGUGGGCAGAUGAUAGAUAUCGUGUGCUUACACCGCAGUGUGUGAAUACGUGA